GCCAAUAAAGGUUGAACAUCUUUGCCUUUUCCAAGUUGACAGUUUUUUCCCCAUUCACCUAGAGCAAGAUCCUCUCCUUUCUUUGAUCACUCUCUUUUUCCUAUUAUAGUGUAAAAAAACAAAACCAAAUCUUUGUUAUCAUUCUUAAUUUUUUCUCUCUAAUCUCAUUUCAUUCUAAGCUUUUGUACUCUUUUUAAAAAACCCUUACCUUCUGUCUUAUAAUCAAUACUAUGUGUUGGAUUCAAGGUAGAAGAGUGGUAAGGGCUAGGCAAUGGGGGUUAAGUGUUUUGUCCAGAGACACACAGUAAGUGUCUGAGGUCAGAUUUGAACCCAAGACCUUCUAUCUUUGGGCCUGACUCUCAAACCACUGAGCAACCCAGCUGCCCCCAGGACCUUCUUGUACUCUUGACAAUUCUCAUUAGAGCUUGCGCCAUUUUUAUAUUCAUCCUCCAUUACCUGCCCCUUGCUUUUGUCUUCCGAACAUCUUAUAAACUCAUAUUUUAGAGUGUGUAAACUGUACAUCCACACUGACCUCAUUAGACAAUUCUUUUUUUUUCUUGCUCAGGAUUUUCUUUUUGUGUCUUCAGGAUUUCUUUCUUCAAAGAAUUCCAUCCCCUCCUAGGCUGACUUCCCCCUUGAGAAUCUUAGUCUGCAAUAUUUGACCUAGCCCUUCUUUCAGGCUUUUGAAAUCUGCCUUCCCAAAAUCAGAGGAGUUCUUGACCUCUUUUGUAUCAUGGGCCCCUUCGGCAGUCUAGGGAUGCCUAUAGACUUCCUGGAAUAAUGUUUUAAAGUAAUGAAGGAGAUGCUAAAUUUUGGUUAGUUACUAGGAAAAAGAAAGGUGUCUUUUUUGUUUCUCAUUUUCCCCCAUUUCUAAGUUCCAUUAGGAACUUAGGGUCUAGUGCCCAAGACCCAAUGACAUUAAGGGGAGGUCCAGGGACCCUGGAUUAACAAUUCCUGAUCCGUGUGAGACUGUGCCUGAUUUUUUUCCUCUUUGUUCCCAAAUCCUCUAAAAGAACAUGUCCAAAACAGAACUUGAUACCUUUCCUCCCUUGCCCACAUGUGUUCCUAGCUUGCCUUUUUUUUCUUCACUCAAAGACCCCACCACCCUUCCAGUCACGGAGAUUCAAAGCCUCCUAGUCACCCAUGAUUCCCCUCUCUUCCUCACUUCCAGUACAUUGCCAAGAUAUGUCGAUUCUGCCCUGUCACACAUCUUGUGUUUGUUACCUUCUCCACAUCUCAUGACUAGUUUAGGCACUCAGAAUCCCUUGGUUGAACUCUUAGCAAUUGCCUUCCUGUUUGGUCUUCUUUGCCUGUAACCUCUCCCUGUUCCAAUCCAUUUUCCAUGUGACUGCCAAAGUGUCUUCCUCUCUGACCACUUUCCUCUCCAGCUGAAGAAACUUCAGUGGCUUCCUACUGCCUCUAUGAUAAAACAAAAAUGUCUCUGUCAAGCAUGGAAAGGCCCUCACAAUGUGACUCCAGCUGACCUUUUUAGGCAUCUUAGGACAUUCCUCGCCUAGCACUCUACAUUCCACUCAGCUGCCAUUUUUGUCCCCCCCCCCCACCCAACUUUGCCCAGACAGAUUCUCAUGCCUGCAAUGCCUCCUCAUUUUUGCCUCUUCAUAAAGAAUCCCUGCUCAAGGAUGACGAAGGUCUUCCCUGGUUCUUGAAGUUUCUAGGUUCCCCUGUUAGAUUGUAUUUACUGGAUAUUCAUUUAUUAAAAUAAUCAAACUCUUACAUUCUAUCUUAGAAUUGAUAAAACAAUUGUUUCCAAGGCAAAAGAGAGGUAAGGGCUAGAUAAUUGGGGUAAAGCAACUUGCCAGGGUCACAAAGGAGGACCUACUUAUUAUUAUUUGAUCUUUUGAUGUCAACAAGCCUGGUUGUGAAGUUGAUGACCUUAAAGGUGGUAUGGCUGGUGGUAGUAUUCUCAAAGGAGUAUUAAAGAUGGGACAGGAGUUGGAGGUCAGGCCUGGCAUUCUGGUCAAUCUCCUGGCCUGACUCUGUAUCCACCGAACCACCUAGUUGCCCUCUAUGUUUUUAUUUUUUACUUAAUCUGUAUACAUAUUAUAUACAGCUAGGUAGCACAGUGGAUGCCAUGCUGGGCCUGGAGUCAGAAAGACCUGAAUGUAAAUCCAACCUUAUUCACUUCCUGUUAUGUUACCCUGGACAAGUUACUUCACUGUUGUCUACCUCAAUUUACACAUCUGUAAAACAAUGAUCUAUUAUUGUCAUGAGGAUCAAGUGACAUAAUUGUAAAAUGCUUAGCACUAUCCCUGGUAAGCACUAAAUAAAUGUUAGCUAUUGUUAUUUCGCUCAAUAGAAUGCAAGCAUCUUGAGGACGAGAAUAGUUUCAUUUUUGUCUCUGUAUAUUUCUUGCCCAGCACAGUGCCUGGCACAUAAAAGAUGCCUGACAAACGUUUCUUUGAGUUGUCUUAUGAAUUGAACAAUUUUUCCCUGACUUCUUAAUAGAAUGAGUGAAUAAUAAAAUUUUAAAGCUGGAUGUUGUUCAUAUUAAUAAUAGCUAGCCUUUAAUCCCUUAUAUAUAUAUUACUUACUUUACAUAUGUUAUUUGAACCUCACAACAACUUUGGGAGGUAGAGGUUAACAUUAUCCUUAUUUUACAGAUGAGGAAACUGAGACAGAUGGAGGUGAGGGGACUUGCCCAGGGUCAUGCAGCCACAAAGUAUCUGAGGCUAGUCUUUCUGAUUCUAAGUCCCUUACUCCAGCCCCUGUGCCAUUUAAGUGCUCCAGAACAGGCAUUAUUACACAUCUGUCCAAGAACCAUUACAAACCAGAUGGUACAACUUGGAGCCAGAGGCAGCACAACUGCUUAGAACUGAUGAACAGUCAAAGAAAGAACUGUGCCAGGUUCAUCUGGGUAGGGCUGAAUCACUCCAGGAUCCACAGGUUCUGUUGGCCCAGCAGAUGGCAGCAGGAACUCAGGCUGUUGGUUUCUCUUUGCUGUGGAACCUAAGGGAGGAGAGAGAAGAUGGGGAGAGUCUGACCAAGAGAGGAAUGGGAGAAAGGCCAUGAGCUAGGAGUGAAGGGAGUGCUGGCUAGAUCCUGGCUCUGCCAUUUGGCCCCUGCAUCCCCCUUGGGCACCCAUUUACAUCUCUAGGCUUCAGGAUCUUUGGGUGUAAAGUGAAGGGGUUGGAUUGAAUCACUUCUAAGUGCCCUUGAAGCUCACUAUCUUCUCUGUUGGAUCCAUGGGGCAAGCCUCUCCCUCUCCUUCUCUCUCCUCCCUUCAUCCCUUUUUGUCUCUCUCUCUCUCUCUCUCUCUCUCUCUCUCUCUCUCUCUCUCUCUCUCUCUCUCUCUUCCCUCCUCGUCUGCUUUUGUCUCUUGUACUCCUUCCCUCUCCUCUUCUUCGUUUCCUCUCUUUCUGUCUCUGCCUAUCUCUCUCUCAAUCAGAGAGAUCUCUGAGUAUCUGUCAUGAGUAAUCUAGACACUUGUUUCUUCACAUCUUUAAUAGGCAGAAGGUAAGGAUUAAAGAAAUGAUGCUAAUCUAUCCACACAGAAAAAUAAAUAAGAGAUCAAAGAACUAGUCUAGUGACCCUAUCCAAAAGCAAUGAAGUUGGUUAGUUUCAUAUAUGUAUUUAGAAAAUCCAUGAUGAUUCUAGAGCUCACUAUUGUCUUUUCUAAUUGCAUAGAUCAUCUGAUGAAUAAUUGGUUCUAGAAUUUUCAUUAGUAUCAACGUCAAAUCCAUUAGUCUAAUAGUUUCUGGAAUGGAACAUACUUUUUUUGAAAAUCUUUCCACUCUUUGAUGUUGUUUUCAAUCAUGUCUGACUUUUUGCAUUCCCAUUUGAGUAUCUGAGGCCAGUAUUGAACUCAUGAAGAUGAGUCUUGUGGAUUCUAAGCCCAGCACUAUGCACUAUGGUGCCAUCUAGCUGCCACCUCUUCUCAUCUAUAGUUUUUGGGAUUCUCUCCCAUUCUCUGUGACUUCUUAAAGAUUACUGACAGUUCUGAGAUAUAGCAUUGCAAGCUUCUAAAAUAUGCUGGCUGACCUUUGAGGUCUUUUAUCUUUGGGAUUCAGUGAUUCUUUGAAAUGUUUCACCUCAGCCUAGAGAACUGAAUUCAUUUAAAGGAGCAAAGUGUUUUCUGAAUAUCUCCUCAUCUGUUUGGAGCUUCAAUUCCCUCUUAAACAUGCUUUUUCUGACUUUCUCUCUGAGAUAAUUUUCAUUGAUUGUAUAGAUGGAAGCAAAGGACAAAUUUCAGUCUUGCUUUCUCUCUUCAAUGCCUGCUCCAAGCAGUGGGCCUAACCCUUUCUUGUUCUUAUUGCUCUGAGCAUAUUUUUUAAAAUCCUUUUUUCUUUUCCUUAGCAUUUGCUCUUUCUGGCCUUUACAUCUCCCAGUUCUAUUCUUACCAGCCUUUUACCAGUCCAUCAUAAUGUUGUCCUUGGUUGUAAGCUUAUUUGAUGUUUUGUAUGGAUCUUUUAAAACAUCUGAGCUCUCUGGAGAGCUCCUUAUUUAACUACAUUCCUUUCAUUAGCUGUAUUACCUCCUUUCUUCCUCAUUCGGGUCAGUUGUCGUAUUGCCAAGAUUUCCUUCAGAACUAGGACUUCUUACCAUUCAUGAAUUUAGUUGUAGACAUGGCAUAAUACCUACCUAUUCUCUGAAGACCUUGAAAUCUACUUUCUUGGCAAGUCAAAAACUUCAGCCUGCCCACUUUUGGUUUAGUCCAGGAAUUCUUAACCUUUUUGAAAUCUGUUUUCUGUAGAACUCUUUGACAAUCUAUCGAAGACACUGGACCAUUUCUCAGAAUAAUAUUUUUGAAUGCAUGAACUAGAAUAUAUAAUAUUAAAAACAAAUAUUUUCAGUUAUAUUGAAAUAGUUAUCAUAAUGUUAAAGAAAAAAAGACCAAAAAAAGUUCAUAGACCCCAGGUUGAGAACCCCAGAUUUAGUCUAAUAUGUAAUCAGUGGAUUGAGAUCUAGGCCUACAGUCAGAAAGUUUUUACUUCAAAUUAGGCAUCAGACACUUUCUAGCUGUGUGGCCCUGGAUAAGUCACUUAACCCCAUUGUCUAGCCUUUACCACUAUUCUGCCUUGGAACCAAUACAUAGUAUUCAUUCUAAGAUGGAAGGUAAGGGAUGGUGGUCUCUUGCUCUACUGAUUUCUGACCCUUUUGUAUUCUCAAAAAGUUCUUGGGUUGGGUAUAAUUAAGAAUACAAUUUCCCUUUGAAAUUUCCCAUAAAAUGUCUAGGUAAUGUCAUGAAUAUAGUGGUACGUUUGGAAUCAGGAAGACUUGUUUCAGAAAUGGACUAGUUUUGUUAUUCUGUCACUUAACCCUCGUUUAACCUCAGUUUCCUUAUCUGUAAAAUAGGGUGGUGAUGGAGAUUAUAAUAAGACCUAUCUCAUUGAAUUGUUGUGUGGAUCAAACCAGAUAAUAUAUUCAAAGCACCUUAUAAACCUUAAGAGUAUUAUACGAAUACCAGCUAUUAUUAUUAACUACCUCCCAAGAGAUGAAGUUAUUAUCAACAAAGCUGGUCAAGAAUUCAUCAUUUGUCCUGCUUUUAGAAGAUAGAAAUUUAUAGUCAAUAUCUGAAGUGCUCCCUUUCUUUAUCACCCUGGUGCCAGCAUUAUAACCCAUUAGGAGGCAUCAUGUAUACUAUCCAUCUGAAUGGGAUAUUGGGGAAGGAUGGUUAUCUAUUCCACAAUUGUAUCAUUUUGGCUUUUCUCCUUUUAGAGUCACUAAAAUUCUCCCACCCAUGCUUCUGCCCAUAUUUGUGGAUUUCUGCAGUGGUGUGUCCUUUUCUGAGUGGAGAACUCCUCCUCUUCUCCUGUCAGUCCCCUUUGGAUAUAUGGCAUAUACCCGCCCUUCCAUUGUCAUCAUCAGCCAGGAGUUCCAUUCUUCUAAGUAGUGGUGCUCCUUUGGCAGUCAGACUUUCCUUGGCCAACAUUUCCUGUUUAUUACCCAGAACGUCAUUCAGUGGCACAGAGAUAUUUGAAACAAAAACAACAACAACAACAAAAGACAUUCAGUGGCACAGAGAUAUUUGAAACAACAACAACAACAACAACAACAAAAGACCCAACCUGUUCCUUUCUGUUGUUUUCUCCUGAGAAUUGCAGAGUACCACCUCCAUUUUAUUUCCCCCUGUGCCAUUCCCCAAUGUUUCUGGGAGAUGGACCUGAUGAAUACCAGUUGCUGCACAGUGAAUUGGGGUAGUUAUGAAUCCUGGAGACAUGGAGAGAAAUCAGUGGGAAGCUGGGGAUGAAGUGGAGAGCAAGAUCUUGUUGCAAUGGCCACGCACAGCUACAGAGAAGUUGUUGAGUGAGAUGUUUGAUUGUGGAUCAGCCCAGUUUUUGGCUGUCUUGGAAGCCCUUUCUGAACCAAAUAGAAGAGUGUUACAAACUGGUCACUUGUCAGAGGAAAUGGAAGUUCGUGAGGUCAUCGCUGAGCUCUUCAUGGCAGCAAGCGAGCUUUUAUCAGAUGCAUGUAGUAGCCAUGGGAAAUCCAGUUUUUCCAAAAACAUCUCUCUACAGCUUUCUCAAAUGCAACUCGCCAUUGAAAGCAAACAAAGUGUUUCAAUAGCUGCUGCAGUGAAGUUGAUAAAAUUAUCUUUCACCUUUGAGGAAUGGCAUUUGUUUAAUUCUGCUGCUUCUCAGUUUAUCGGUUUUCUUCAGCUUCAAAGUGGCCCACACUUGCAGAAAGCCAGGAAGGAUUUAAUGCUUCUGGCUGCGAUGGAACCGCUAAUUAAUGUGAAGCGGAAUAAAGGCUUAAGCUAUGCUGGUGAAGGAGGCAGCACUACCACUGAAGGAGCUCGAAGCUCAGGGAGAAAAAUUGUGUUUCAAGAAAAUUUCUCAUUAUCUGGAAGCUAUUCUGAUGAUAUUUUCUAUUUGGCAUCGAUGCUGUUUUCCUUCAUUUGUUCACCUACUGAGAAAAUUCGUCCUGAUGAAGAGAUCGUUGUUGACCUGAUAAUGUUCCUGUGGCAGAAAUGCAAAAUGGGAAUUCAGAAGAUCUAUUCAGCAAGAAUGGAUUAUUUCAAGUUUGUCCAGAAAGUCAAAACUAACAAAUGGAUUCAGCUGCUUUGGCAGAUAAAUGAAAUGAUUAAUACUUGUCAACCAGAAGACCUCAACCCUGUGUUUGUAGCUGAAGUUGCAUUACGACUAAGUGAAAUACUGGAGAUUUUAGGAAAGCCAGAAAAAAAAAGUCCUGGCAGCGCAAGCAGAGUAACUAUAGAAUUCCAGCAACUUCCUGACAGUUUUCCACUAUUUAAGAAAACACCUAAAGAGCAGUUACUUUUGGCUCAUGAAACUCUUGAGAAGGCAGUUACUGUGAUGGGGCUAUGUCGUUCCCAAACUACAUUGCCUAAUGGAAAAUCAGUAUAUGACCAUUGUCAUAUCAAGUUUAUCCCUCCAAGAGGAGGUGGAACCACUGGCAAACCAAUCACUGACAAUACUUUCCUGAUGGACUUGCAUCUAGAACUCCUUGUGAGUCAGCACCGGAUAGCUGCUACACUCAUUGAUCAACUCAAAGCUUGGAAUUUUUCUCCAAAACCUGCCCAUCCCAAAGAAACUGAAACUACAACUACUAGUCAUUUCACAGAAGCAUACGUACUGGGCAAAAUCAAUAAGAAUGAGUUAUCCAAAGCAGUCUUCUUAAUGAUGAAAGCUCAGAUACUAUUUGAGAAAGAAGAUUCUCAGGUCAUCAAAUCACUGGAGGAAUCGUUGUUCUUAAUUCGGAAGAUUGAAUCAGAGCAAAAAAACCAGUAUUCACCUCAGCAGAGUACAGAAGAAGAAAAACCCCAGAGCAAAGUUCCUGCUCCUCCCAUACUACUUUCAAGAACUCAUUGUUCAGUGACAUUUAAACCUGAUUCAUUUUUUUGUGGAGAAAAGGUCGCUUGGUAUGUCAUUUUGGGACGUCCAGCAGGAACAUGCAUGAGAAAAGUAAGAUUGAACGACCAUAGUCUUCUAAACUGUGGAGAACCAGUACCUGCUACUAGUAAAACCGUUUUAGAAGUUGUUGGAUUGGAGCCUAAUGAAAAAUACGUGUUUGCACUUGCUGGUUAUUGCUCUGCUGGAACACUUAUUGGGCAAGGAAUUGGACUGACAUCUAAGCCUAUUCUGAUUUACAUGCCACUUUCUACUGUUACUAUUCGCUUACAUCUGACUGAGAUUGCCUUUCAACUCGGUAAAUAUUCAGUGGCCAAGAAAGCCUUUGCACCUGUUUGGGACUAUUUCGUCGAUCCUCCUCUUCCAGAAAAUCCACACAUUUUUUCUUUAAGUAGCUUGUUAACUGUCACACCAUUCAGGUUACAUCUGGAGACCGUGUCAGAGUCUUCAUCAAUCCUCUUAUACUAUUUCAUUAGAUGCAUUUUCAUAAUAAGUAAUAUUAAUAUUAUAGAAAAAAAGCUCUUCUGUGAUACUAUUAGAGGAGAUGAGGUUUUCACUUGUCAACAAGUUUUCAGACUACUUGAAUGUCAGAGAAUCCUUGUGGUCAUUGAACUUAGUACCCAUGUAAAUAAUUUUAGUUAUUCCCUACAAGCUGUUGUUCACUGCUAUGGUCUCCUGGCCCCUCUAAUCUUUCACAAUAUUGUCCUGGUUCCAAUAAUCCAGGUCCUAAUUAAGUGUUUGGUAAUUUUGCAAGAAAUCCCAGGUGUUACCUUUCCAAAGAGACAGAUGGGGAAUUUUGAGUCUACCCAGCAUAUGAUUGCGUGCACUGUUUAUUACACGGCAAAGGUGUUACGUUCAUGGAAGGAAUUUGACCUUGCAGUGAUUAUUAUAAAUUUGGGGAAAAAGUUACUGGACACCUCACAAGGGUUAUUUUCAAAUGUCACUAAAGCUGCCUUUGGUGAGGAUGAUCAAGAUGACUUAUCAGAGGAGGCCUACUCAACCAAGAGAAUCAAGAGGGUCAAGGGACAGAUUGCCAUACUGGACAAAAUCAGCGAGCAGCUCAACGUCAUGGAAGCUCAACUACUCAAACUGACGAAACAAAGUCCCAUGUAUGAGCUCACAGGAACAGAAGAUCCCUUUUUCCUCUACCCAAUAAUUCUAACUUGGACUCUCAAAACUGCGAUGAGGGAAGUAAUGAAAUUCAAGAGUAAACCUCGUUUUCUGGAAUUCUUUGUUCAAGUUAUGACAAAAUGUCUUAUUGAAGAGAAAUUUCACUAUGUGGUGGAAUUGGCAUUUUCAGUUCAACUCUUCCUUAAAAGGAGAAAUGCCAGUUUACUUGGAGUAAGGAGAUCUCCAGUUCUUCACACUCUUCCAUCUAAUGAAGAACCAAAGAAAUACAAGGCAGCUGCCAUGGAGAUUCAAAAAACUACAGAUGUAUCAAUUGGGAAGUCAAAAUCAAAGAAAAAAGGUAUUCUGCAAGAUUAUUUUGUCAAGCAUCUCUCACUUUCUGAAUUGCCAGAUUUGGAAAAAUUUAAAAGAGCUGAUGUGAGAAAAGUAGCUAUAAAAAUCCUUUCAGAACACUUGGCCCCAAAACUAAAUCGCUAUAUAAAAAGGAAAAGAAUGCAUCGAUUAUUUAUUGAAGAGUUACCCUGGAAGUCUCAGAUGAAUGUACAUUUGGCUGAAGCUCACUUCAACUUAUUCAAAAUCAGAUUCAUGGAGCGUAAGAAGGUUAAAGCUUGCACUUCACAAAAUACAAUGAGCUACCGAAUUUUAGACCCGGAUAUCUUCUCAAUGUACAAUUCUGGGACGUUGUUAGUGGAUGAAAACUUAAAUUCAGAUAAUUACCAAGCAUUGCUUGAUUUCAUGCUUUCAAGAAAAAUGAGAAAGAUCAAUCUCUCAGAUGCCAAUGAAAUUUCUUUUGGUGGUGUCAGAUUGAGUGAAGAUAUCCCUAAAGGGGUAAACACAAAUGACCUGGAAUCCGCUAGAGAGAAAACAGCAAAUCUUGGAAUCAUAGACCAUUUUAUCAGGACCUUUGUUCACUGCAAAAGAGCAUUGGUUCUUGCUCAUCGUGGUGGUUUCUGGACCUUACUUCAGAAUGUGACCCGGACUCUUUGGAAUUACACCAUAGAGAUGCAGUUACUCUAUAAACAGGCGCAGUUUCUUUCCAAAACAUUCCCUUUCAGCAAGGAUAUUAUGAUAUGCACCUUCGUGAUGCCAUUUACUUUGGGAGCAGAUGCCCUUAUUGACAUGCUGUUAGACCUGCAGAAUACCAAAUCUCUUAAGAUUGUGGAUGACUGUAAAGAUUUUGGUGUUGCAAGUGCUUAUGGGAACAUCACAGAGGAUAAUGGUGGCUUCAAUCUGACAUUUGAAGAACCUUUUGAUGAUAUGAAUUUGGUUGACUUGAAAUUCAUUUCUGACUUCAUCUUUAAGACUUUGGAAAUCUUGUACAGAGUGGGAAAAUGGGAAACACUAGUCUACAUUGCCCUUCAGUUCAAUGAAGUGACACAUGAGAGAUACACUGAGCAAGUGAUGCCAUUGUUAAUCUAUUCUCAAAGACAGCUUUUGCAGAGACUCCAGAGAAAUAGUGGGGAGCAGACAGAUAAUAUAGAAUGGCAGUUUGAUGACACGGUAAACCUCCGAGAUGUCAUUGGGAAACUGCCCAAUUCUUCUUUUGUGCAGACUAUAAAGGGCAAGUCUAAAAGACUUUUUAAUUAUGAGCAAGGUGUAGAUCUUUCGGAGACAUACAUUGCAAAUAGAAUAGUGUCUGUGCCCCUGAAUGUGAAAGAAACUUUGAAGACCUUUAGAGAAACCUUGACGAAAUCUAAGUACCACAACAGAUCACUGAGAUACAGCAGAAAAUUGCUUUCUUUGUUACUGGCCCACACACAAGAAGCCAGUGGAGGAAUAAACAAUCCCAAAUUUAUGUAUGGAAAAGUGGAAUUUAGCCUUGGAACUGAAGAAAUACAUUCGCCUACACCCCCUGAUCUUUUUAAUGAAAAGUUCACUGCUUCUGUUACAGUACAGAGCACAAAAAUUUCUCCUUUCCAAUUUCAACUUGUUAUCACUUCUUAUGAGAAAACGAUCGAGAUUCUUGAAAUCAGCAAUCAAACAGAUCUCAAGAUACAGGCACUACAUGAGCUUGGAAAUCUUCACAUCUAUGCAGAAAACAGAAGGGCAGCUUUUAAAUGCUGGAGUCAAGCUCUUGAUGCCAUACUCAAAAAAAAAGAUGUUCUACAUACGUGGAAAGAAAUUGUCAGCCCCAUCCAAAAACCUAUGAAUAGCAUCGUGGGUUCAAACUACAUCGAUUAUAGUGAAGAUUUUCUGUUGAAAGCUGGCAUUUGGGGAUGCUUGCAGGGAGGAGUCAUAGCAGCAAAGAUGGCCCAAUACAUUUUAACAUCAAAUAUGAAUGAGAGGAUUGAAUGUUGCAUUUUCUCUUCAUUUUUUUUUAAGGGUCUACUUAGAACCUCUCUUGUCCAUCCCAAAUAUGACCAUGAGUAUGCCCGUUAUGAAAUCACCCAACUUACUCCAGGGCUGGAUCUCUUCUGUGACCGAUACAGAGCAGAUGUGUCCAUUGUCCUCAGCAGCCUGAGUUACCUCUGUCAUGAACUCCAUUCUGUCCACCAAGACCUUAUUCUUCUGCCACUUAUUUCAUUAAACCAUUACUUGGUCUGUGAAGUUUGCCAAGAUCUAUUUAAAACCAUAGAUACAAGGAUCCUUAAGACGGAAAUCCUUAUUGAUUUAGGAUUCUUUUCUGAAGCUUUUAGUGAAAUGGCUGGUCUUUAUACUGGAAAAAACAUCCCCACUUCCACGCCCUUAGGCUAUAAACUUCCAAAAACUAAGAUCAUGCAGCCCUUUCAAGCAGGACACUCUUAUUUGAGCAAAGAAAAUAUACAGGCCCUGGAAGAUUUAAUGAAUCAAGGCAUCCCCCUAUACAUUAUUUCGAUUUGCCAACCAUCUUUCUCCUAUAAGUUUACUUUGGUCAAAAUGCGCUUUUUAAUCAGUUUGGCUGCAACCAUAAAUUGCUUCCCAGUUAGGGAUACAACAGCAUUCUUCCAGGACUUUACCCAGAAGAGCAAAGCCAGUGCUUCAGUCUUUAAAGGUACAAACCCUGAAGAUUCAAUAAUCCCCUCUCAAGAGACAGUUCAAAAUGACUUUACCGCAGCUGAAGGAACACAGAGAGCUCUGGACAAGAGCAUUGACUUCUCAAAGCAAAGAGGCUUCGAUGAUAUGAGGAAGAUGCUGAUGGUGGACCCAGAAUAUUUAAAGGAUGAAACCCCAGCAAAUGUUAACCUGACCAAGUCAAAAGAAGAGUUGUCUCCAGGUAAACUAAAGGGGAUUUUAUUGGCAGAAGCUGAGGACAAGCUUCUCAUGCUAAUAGAAAAUGCAGAGGAAUUGAGUCACAAGAAGAUAACUCAGUUUAGCCCAAUAGAAUUGGAGAUUAUGAUAGAAGUCAAGUUACAGCUAGCCGCUAUUGCGAUGCAGAGACAACAAGCCCCACUGAGCACUUCAAUAGCUUUCACUGCAAUUAAAAUCCUUCAGGAUGCAGAAAUUUUCAAGAAGACUAAAGAAGAACUGUGUGCGAAUGAUGAUGAACUGGAUGCCAUGGAGUCUGUGGAGAUGUUGGCCCGAGAACGUCUAAACAUCCAUCUAUGGCUAAAGUGUCGUCUGGCCUUGCUGGUGGCCACUGUGACCCACAUCCGUGGCAUGGGGGUCGUGAAAGAAAAUGAGAUGAUUGAGUGCAGACUUUUGAUAAAUGAAGUAUUUGUGGAGGCUCAAAACUGGAAUGAUACUGAGAUGCAAGCAGAAGUCAUGGUGCAGGCUGUCAAGUUUGACCUGCAAGAAAGACAUUCUGCAGCCAACAUCUUAGAACAUUUGAAGGAUAUAAGAGGCUUACUUGAAGGAAAAUCCUUUGUCUCUCCUCGAGGCUCUUUAAUACUUAUGAAAAGCCUGCUGUUAAUGGAUGAUUUAAUGAAAAUUGAGAUGCCCCAGGAAUAUCUCUUCCUUAAAAAUGAAAAUCUCAAUUUACUAAAUCGAGCUCAUGAGCUUAUUAUUGCACAGGCUCUAUCUUUGGGUGAAAACAUUUUAUUGCCUUGUUCAGACACUGAAUAUGCAAAUAUCUUCUACCCUUUGAAAAACGUUUAUUUUCCAUACAUCAACUUACUUGCAAAAACAAAAAUGAGGAUUGGGCAUAUGUUAGCCAAGAGCACUGCUGCCUGUGAGAGAAAAGAACCUCAGAAGUGGGAACCCAUUCGUCAUCUCUUUGAGACAGCAUUGCAACUUUGUAGGGCAGCUGCAGUGAAGGAACGGGAGUUAGAAGCCGAAAUCCUUUUUGAGAAAGGCAAAGUAGAACGUCAAAUGCUUGUUGUACAAGACAACAAGCCUUUAAUUGGUGAUCUUUUUGAUGCUAUAAAAAUAAGUCUACAAAAUGAUGAAAAUUCAGGGUUGAUAAGGAAAUCCUAUCUGGAAAUCGCCCUGUUAUAUUUACUUGUGUGGAAUUAUAGGAAAAAUGCUUCAAAAAAUAAGAUCUUUCUCCAAGACCAGAAUCCAUCAAAGGAAUCACUAGACAUUAAAACUGAAAUUUACCUGGCAAUGUCCUGGAUAGCAAUCCGAGCUGCUGCACAGGUCAGUGAAGCUACAAUGGCAGCUAAGAAGCUAACUGGAGAAAAGAGUGUGAAGACCGAGAAAAUGGAUCAAAAUGUCUAUCAGAAUAUCCCUGAAUUUGCUCAUGCUGACCUCACUUGUACCUAUGUAGAUUAUUUGACUGCUAACUAUAAAACUUGUGUCAAAACUUCCUAUACCACUCCGAGCGAAUCUGGAAGUUAUUUAAGUAUGGAACAAGAUCUGUACACCAACCCCAGUGAAGAAAAUGAGGAGCCCAGCCAGCUGGAGAUCACCUGGGUCCAUCUGGCCCGUUACUACACUCACCUGUUAAGAGUUAACAAUAUGAAUACCUUGCUUGCUCCUCCAAAGCCAGUUUUCUUAACAGAUGAAAUUUUCUACACUUCUGUUUUCAAUGAAGAUCUGAUUAUACGUCAGAAAGAGAUGAAGAAUUUCCUCAAAAAAUUCUUAAGUGUUUUUACUUCAGCCUGUCUAGAGUGUUUCCCCAAAGACCUCCUUCUUGGAAUAGAAAGACUAAAUAUUCCAGAUAAUGCCGAACUUAGGCAAUCACUUAAGACAUUUCAAGAUGUGAGUGCUAUAAUAGAAAAAAUAGUCACCACUAAGAUCAACCCCAUUAUCCUUCCUCCAUCUCCCCCGCAUGAACAUAUGGAUUUUGCUAUACAUGCAGAAAGCCCAGAUCUUUGCUUCCAGUGGUAUAUACCCCCUCUGGAAAAACCUCCAAGUGAUAAAGAACCCAUGGUCAUGUUGCUGUAUGCCUAUAACACCAAACCUGUCAAGAUUAAUGAUAUCUUUGAAUUCAAUAUCUCCUCGAUAUUUCCUGGGUUUUUAUGGCUUCCUCUGAACAAAGUUAUAGCCUUACAUGAAGCUCUAUCUGGCCUUAGGCAAGAAACUGAAAUGUUGUUAUACACAAAAAAAUUGCCUACAGAAGAAAAGAAGUCCCUACUACCCUUCAGUGCCUUAAAACCUGCUAGAGAAGUCUCUGAAGAGAUCGUCCUCAGUAAGCAAAUGAAGACUGUGUUUUAUCAGAGUUGCACUGAAAUAGCAAGACUGCUUUCGAGAAAUGAAGACAUACCCCUAAUAAGUGAGGUUCCAUUUGAAGAAUCUUUGCCAAGUAUACAGAAGUUGGAGAUGCUUUUUGACCCCUCCAGUGGCUCUGUCUUAAAGGCAGAAGCCAUUUUCAACUGGAUUGUGUCUUUUCUUACAUCUUUGUAACUUUUACGGAAUAAAGUGAAUUCAGUAGCGUCUUGUUCUGAGUUAGUUUGAAAUGAUUGUCAGCAAUCGCCCCCUUGUCUCUUUGUAGACAAUUAAAUAAAGGAUAUCUUCCUUCCUGCAAAA